UGACUGAAAGGAGGAGCCUUUGGAAGGUCCCAGGAAGGCAGUUCACAAAACACAUCCAGGACCCGCGGCAACAUGCUGGCCCUUGAAGAAGGAAUAAGGAGAAAGCCAGCGCAAGGGAACACACGUGCAGGGGUUGGAUGUGCCCCCGGGGCCCUGAGCCCUUGCUCGGCUGCAUGGGGCAAUCAGUGCCCUUUGCCCGCCUCUGCUGGGAGCGCAGGAAGACGGAGCCCGGGCUUGUCACUUUCCACCCUCAGCAGUUGGGCAGCGACUCCGCUCAGAGGGAGGCGGGUGGCGGCUCCGGCCCCACCCUGGGCGUCCACGUGUUUGGAGGGAAGGAGGAAGUGCGUGUGUGUCUGAGCGUCCACUGCCCUGGCUGCACACCUGCCGGGGGACCCGCGGGGCCGCAGGAGUUGGCCGAAGCCCUCGGGGCCCGGGGGUGCUGCUCCGGAGACGGGGACGAAGCUCUUGAUCAGCACCCAGGGGUGUCCCGAGGGCCCCAAGCCCCUUUGGGGAAGACAGGGAAGGCCCUCUGUUCUCCCAGAGGAUGAAAGUGCCGGAGGCCCCCUCCACGUUCACGAAGAUGGCUGCCUUUUACCAGUGUCUCAAGCCUGAGCCCAGUGAGCUGGACAUGAUUUCCACGAGGGUGAUGGACAUUAAGCUUCGGGAGGCCGCGGAAGGCCUUGGGGAGGACAGCACAGGAAAGAAAAAGUCCAAAUUCAAAACGUUUAAGAAGUUCUUUGGGAAGAAGAAGAGAAAGGAAUCUCCUUCUUCCACAGGAAGUAGCACCUGGAAACAAAGCCAGGCAAAGAAUGAGGUCAUUGCCAUCGAGUCAGGGCCAGUGGGCUACGACUCAGAGGAUGAGCUGGAUCUCUCGACCAGAACACUCAGCGGCCCCUCCAGCCAAGGAAUAAGAACACAGCAGGAGGGGGAGUCAAGGGGCACACUGGGCAGCCGGGCCCUCUCACACGACAGUAUUUUCAUUCCUGAGUCGGGACAGGACCCUCCUCGGCCGGUGCGGGUCUUUUCCCAAGAAAAUGUGUGUGACCGGAUUAAAGCUUUGCAGUUAAAAAUACAGUGUAAUGUGAAAAUGGGGCUGCCACCUCCUCCGGGGGGCCUUCCGGCCAGGCGGGGAGAUGAUGCUGGCAUGAGCUCUGAGGACGACGGUCUGCCCAGGAGCCCCCCAGAGAUGUCCUUGCUGCACGACAUCGGCCCCGGCACCACCAUAAAGGUCUGUGUGGUUUCCUCGUCCCGGCCACAGUCUCCUGACCAGCUCUUCUCCAGGCAAGUGAGCGACACCUCCGUCUCCCCCAGGACCUCGGACGGCACCGUGGCCCCCGUGGCUGAUUUCGAUUAUCCCCCAGAAUUCUCCUCCUGCCUGGACAACUCUGCGGCCAAGCACAAGCUCCUGGUCAAACCCCGCAACCAGCGGUGCAGCAAAAUGCGGCGUCUGUCCUCGAGAGCACAGUCCGAAUCCCUGAGCGAUCUGACGUGUACCCCAGAGGAGGAGGAAUACGACGAGAAGCCGCUACCCAAAGCCAGCACGGAGGAGAAGCCCAGUUCUGGGCAGCAGGAGGGGGGACAGGACAGAGGCGCUGAGCCUGGGGGGCAGGCGACCAUGCUGCCACCUGUGGGGCCCCGUGCGCGGCGGGCGCGCCUGCAGCACUGCCCGGCGUUCACCGCUAGCACCGAGGAUGAGAACCCCCCGGGGGAGAACCCCUCCAGCCUUUUGGCCACGCCGGGGGUCAUGGAGGUCACAGAGCCCGUGUCGAGCCCACACCCCCGCUCGGAGUCCCCGACUUGCCCAGAAGGCUCCCCGCACCCUCACCCUAAUCCCGACAGCGAAAACCCAAGGGAGGAGCUGUCCCUGGAAACCCGGUGUCCCCCCGGCGGGGACACAGCAGACGAGGUGGUUUGUGCUUCGGGAGACGUCGAGGGUCGAUUAUCUCCCUGCAUCCCCGAGGGGGACACGACCCCUCCCGAGCCCGGACCCAUAGCCACCUGGGAGACGCCCUCUGGUCCCAAUGGGCCAGACCACACCGGUCCGAAGGAGGUGCGACUGACUCUGGACGCUCCGGGUCCCGAGGGCGCAGGGCCAGCAGCCCCGGCCCCCAGCCCGCCGGCCCCCAAGAGCUGCUUGAAGCACAAGGCCUCGGCUGCGACAGCGAACGCGAACCUCGGCGCGGCCCCCUCACCGCCUGCCUCGGAGUCGCCUGCAGAGGCGCCCGCGCCCCGAUCCCUGGACCAGGAGGCGGCGCCCCCGGAGCCCCCCAGGGCCGAGCGGGAGGGAUCCCCCACGGAGGCGGCGGCGCCGGAGCGCAAGAUGGAGCGAGGAGGCCGCGAGGCGCGGGCCGCCAAAAAGUUCUCGGUGUCGUCGGGCCGCGAGUGGCCGCGCGCGGGGGGCCGCCUGCUGGAGCCCCGAGGCCCCGCCGUCCGGCUGCCGCUUCUCAGGAGCGGUCCGGCCUGGAAGAGCGAGGCCGCCCUCGAGGACCUCCCGGCGCCCGCCGAGCCCCAGGGCCUGAAGCCCGGUCCUCGGAAGCCGCCCGCCCCGGCCGAGCGCGGCUCUCCGGACGCGGCCACCGCGGACCCCGGCCCAGCCGCCCGGGAGAGGCCCGCGGGCGGGGACGGAAGCCCCUUCCCGGUCAAGCUCCGCUCCACGUCUCUGUCCUUCAAACACAGAGAAGCGCCCUGCCCGGAGGGGAGGGGAAUCAAGAGGUACAGCGCGGAGGUCAGGCUGGAGAAAGGAGGGCUGACCUUGCUCUCCAGGAACGACAAGGGUCCGCCCGGGACGGGCCCCGCCGCCCGAGGCGCCAGGUCUCCCAACGAGCCGGGGAAGGCGAAGACCCGGUCCACCGAGCAGCUCAGCUCCAAGCCGCCCCUGCCCAGGAAGCCGCUACUGCAGACCCUCACCCUCCCCCAGCUGCCCGCGCCCCCCGACGCCAGCCCCCGGGACCCCGAGAAGGUAGGGCCGUCCGCCGACCCCAGGAAGGAGAGCCAGGCGGCGGAGAGGAAGUCGCCCCACAGGGCAGCUGAGAAGGCAGCAGGGCCUGGGACCGACGGCCAGCCCGCGCCGCCCUGGAUCACCAUCGGGCGACAGAAGCGGCGAGGGGCCCCGGAGCAGCCAUCCAGCCAGGAAGACAAGCCUGGGGCCGGAACCUUGAAGUCUGACACAGGAAGGCCAGCCAAGGUGCCCGAGAGAACCCAGGAGUCCGUGAAGCAAGCCGACUUCGUCCGCAGCAAGUCUUUCCUGAUGGCCCCUGCCAAGCCCACUGUGGACCAGAGGCAGGGGACAAAGCUCCACCUCCAAGAGGGGCUGCAAAGAGGGAUCUCCUUGUCCCAUCAGAACUUGGCAGCCCAGUCGGCAGUGAUGAUGGAGAAAGAAUUGCAUCAGCUGAAGAGGGCCAGCUAUGCCAGCACAGACCAGCCAUCCUGGAUGGAACUUGCCAGAAAGAAGUCGCAAGCUUGGAGCGACAUGCCCCAAAUUAUAAAAUAGGUUAACAGUGUGCUGGUAAAGAAUGUCCACUAUCUCGACGGGUCACUUUCUUUAAAACUGCCGCUAAAUCAAGGCAAACAAACUGUGAAACUUGAGUGAUUUUAUCAUCAGGUUACGGGAGAGCGCGCUCGGGGAAGAGGAAGAAACCAGGCAGACAAGUUGGACGGACACAUCGCCAAGGGCCUGGGCCAGAGGUGCCCGAAGACAAGAAAACCAUUGAAAAGGGCCAGGAACGAGGUUCUGUGCCCACAGGUAUGAAUGUGAGUCUUUCAGAAUCCCCAGGGUAAAAAAGGCUCGGGCAGGGAAGGAAUUGCAAAUGAAGCGUGGAUGCAGAGCUCGGAGGGCCUUCCGAGAGAACGUGUGUCUGCGCCUCCAUCUGAGAUCAGCUGUGUCUCUGGCCAUUGUCCUGCCUGUGGAGCCCAUCUUCUCCUUUCAUGUUUACUGUUAGGCAUGACAUUCAUGGUAAAACAGGGAUGCCGUUUCCAAGAGCAGCUAUAACACGGUCCGUUUUCCUGAAGGCAGCUACUCCAAGAAGGAGUGGAAGGAACACAGCAGGGUUCAUCAAUUCACAGACUCUUUCCAAAAUUAAUUUUUAAACUUUUCCACUUGGCAUCUGUGUCCCUCACUAUUGCACAAUGCAUUGCCUGUUCAAUAAAAGGUUUCAAACCUG